CCCUCCGAAAAAUAAACAGAGCAAAAACGAAAUUCACGCUGAAAAAAAAGGAAAAUAAAUCUCUACAACCAUUAAGAAAGAAAGAGAGAGAUUCCUAUAAAACAAUAGAGAAACCAAAUUCUUCGCGAAGGAUCGCGAAUCUAACGGUCCCUGCAUAUUCUAACAUCCUUCUUUCUUUCAUCAGGUCGUUUUUUUUUUUUUUUUUAAAAUUCCUUUUCUUUCUUUUUUUCUUUUUUCUUUUUUCUUUUUUACUCUUCAUCUGUUUUGUAGGAGGAGAUUUGAAGAGUACCCACAUUGAGAUCUUUGCAUUUUUUAUUUGUAAGGUUUCGGUUUCUUAGUAUUCACGUGAAAUCUGCUUUUGUUUUAUUGAAAUCAGUGAUUUUUUAAACUAGGGAAUCUUUGUUUUUGGAGUUUUGAGUUUCUUUGCAGAAACCCAAUACGGUUCUUGGAUUUUUAUUUUUAUUUUUCAUCUGGGUUUGCAUUUGCAGGGUUUUUAUUUUAAUUCUUUUUAGAUAGUUUUUUUUUUUUUUUUGGAAAUCGAUUGAAUUCUAGUUGUUUUUUUUAGUUGAAGGAUUUUCGGCAAGCCAUCUUCGGUUCUUGGAUUGUUAUUCGUUUUCCAGUUCUGGGGUUUGGUUUCUAGGGGUUUUCCUCUUUCUGUUUGUCGGAGAAAACCACUCUUCUUUCCUAGGAAUCAAUAGAUUUUCGUGUUGGGUAUUUUGCAUUUUUAAAAAAAUAAUUCAAGAGGAAUGUUGAAAUCGUUAUGAUAAAGAGAGAAAUCCUGCGAUUCUUUUCUCGCCGAAGUUCUACUAGAGAUUGCAGGAAUAUUUUGAUCAAUUGUAGUGUGAUGGCUUUGAGCAAGGAUCUGAUCUGCGUGGGUCUCCGCGGGUUCUGUCAGGUGGGCCCCACGAAAGGCCCCUGUCGAAAUCAUGCGAAGAGUUUGGUUGAUGUUGGUUGUGGUUUUAGGCCUGGUUAUGGUAAUGGGUUGAUUGUAAAAGGUUGCUUUGAUCACCGCGAUGGUGCUUUUAGAAAGCCAGAUGAUGGGUUGCAAAAGGCCCAUGCAUUGGCACCAUAUCCGCAAUUGGUCCAUGAUUCUGAGAUCAGGAUCGAAGUGGACAAUGGAUCGAAAUCGAUGAAUGGACGAGCUGCAUAUGAACAUGGAAGUCCUCUCGCGUUUCCUGAUCGUCCAACCCUUCAGAAACUUGCAGUUGCUGUUGAUGUCGAUGAAGUUCUUGGAAGCUUCCUUUCAGCACUGAACAAAUUUAUUGCUGACCGCUAUGCUUCGAAACACUCGGUUUCAGAGUAUUAUGUAUACGAGUUCUUCAGGAUAUGGAAGUGCUCUCGCUCAGAAGCUGAUAUCCGUGUUCACGAGUUCUUUAAGACAGCUUAUUUCAAGAAAGGAAUUCAUCCCAUUCCAGGGGCUCACCAGGCUCUUCUUAGAUUGUCUACAUUUUGCAAUCUGUCGAUUGUCACAUCUCGCCAGAAUGCUAUCAAAGACCACACGAUUGAAUGGAUCGAGAAGCAUUAUCCGGGACUGUUUCAGGAAAUCCAUUUUGGUAAUCACUUUGCUUUGGAUGGACAAUCAAGAUCCAAAUCAGAGAUUUGCAGGUCCUUGGGAGCAAAAGUCUUGAUCGAUGACAACCCUAGAUAUGCAGUUGAAUGUGCAGAAGUCGGCAUCAAAGUUCUACUCUUCGACUACGACAACUCGUACCCUUGGUGCAAGACUGGCUCUGAGACCACACACCCUCUGAUAACCAAAGUCCUUAACUGGGAAGAAGUAGAACAACACCUGGUCUCAUGGAUAAUAUUGUAGAUCUCACCCACAUUUAAGGUUUCUUAAACCGACUGGGUUAUCCACCACUAGGUGAUUCUACUUUGUCUAUGGAAGAGAUGCUGAAUUCCUUGAGGAGAAAAGACAUCGACGGUGAUUAUAGAGCUUUUAUCCUCCCUAACUCUCCACGAACAUCCAUUCAAGACUCACCCAAGAUGCUCUUGAGUUUUAGGAUUUUAGAGGUAUGAUACAUAUGCAUCUUCAUUGUUUAUUUCUUUCUUUCAACUUCU